AUGAUUGAAGAGUCAUUAGUAUGGACGUUUCGGCGCUCAAAGGCAGUUGUUCGUCCGCAGAAUAACAACAUCAGUGAUACAGUUAAUGCUGACAAAGAAGAAGAAAAUAAUCAUCAAUGGGAUCGACCCAUUGAAUUUGUCUUAUCACUCAUUUCGAAUUCCGUUGGUCUCGGUAACGUAUGGCGAUUUCCAUAUCUAGCAGCACAGAGUGGUGGAGGUGCCUUUCUCAUCCCAUAUUUCACUCUUUACUUUCUAAUCGGGGCCCCACUCUAUUAUUUGGAACUAGCUCUUGGACAAUUUACAAGUCGCGGUCCAGCAUCGGCAUUUGUUCUUGCCAAAGGCUGGCAAGGUGUAGGUUUUGCUAUGAUUAUAAAUAGUAUAUUGGGCACUUUAUACUACAAUGUCAUUAUUGCUUGGGCUCUGUUUUAUUUUGUUCUUUCAUUUCGUAAAAGGCUCUUGUGGGCCGAUUGUGGUCAUUGGUGGAAUUCAAAUGGCUGUUUUGUUCCUGGCUCGCCAGGAAAUACUUUGGGAGCAAAUAUCACAGCAUUGAAUUGUACACUAUUCAAUUGUACAGGAGGGAAUUGUACAACAGCACUAUCUAGUAAUUUUUCUGAUAGUGGAUGUCAAGAGAACAAUACUACAAGUGUAAAACAAGUGACAGUCACUGAAGAAUUCUUUUAUCGACUUCUGUUAAAUAAAAGUUCAAGUUUUGACGAUUUCGGUGUUCCCGGUACUUACAUGUCAGUUUUAUUGCUCGCCUCUUGGCUUCUCAUUUGUGUGUGUAUCAUCCGUGGUGUACAAUCAUCGGGAAAAGUCGCAUAUUUCACGGCUAUCUUCCCGUAUAUUGUGCUGCUUGUGCUCAUCAUUUUCACCGCAACACUUGACGGAGCACGUGAGGGUAUUAUAUUCUAUAUCGUACCCAGAUGGGAGCUCAUUGGCAGUUUUAAGAUAUGGCAAGCAGCAGCUUCUCAGGUGUUUUUCUCUCUAAGUAUCAGUUUUGGUUCACUCAUAGCUUAUUCAGCAGCUAACGAUUUUCAUAAUAAAUUUUUUCAACAAAUGUGUAUUGUGGUUUCCUGCGACUGUUUUACUGGUGUUUUCGCUGGAUUUGCUGUUUUUGCUACUAUUGGAUUUCUUGCUAAGUCUUUGAAUGAACCAGUAGAAGUAUAUGCUACGGCAUCAGGUCCUGGCUUAGCAUUUAUUACAUAUCCUGCAGCACUCGCAAAAAUGCCGGCCAGUCCUUUUUUUUCUAUUAUCUUCUUUUUAAUGCUUCUUGCACUUGGACUGGGUUCACAAUUCGCAUCUACUGAUGUGCCAGUUACGGCUCUUAUGGAGUUUUUUCCUUCGUACGCAAAACGAAGAUCUGUACUGGUCGUUAUAACUUGUUCAGUCUUUUAUCUUGCAAGUCUACCUUUUGCUUGUCCCGGUGGCAUCUAUCUGUUCGAGCUCUUUCAAGAGUAUACAGCUAAUAUAUCACUGGUUUUCAUAGGAUUUUUUGAAGUUGUCAGCAUUGCGUAUAUCUAUGGAUUCAAUCGAUUUAUGAACGAUGUUGAAAUGAUGUUAGGCAAACGAGCAGCUCAAUACUAUCUCUUUGUCACAUGGUGCAUCACCGCACCAAUACUCACACUCGUUAUUACUGCUACCAAUUUACUGAAUACUGCGCCAUUGAAACUUGAUGCAUCUGGUGGAUUUCCACCCUAUGAAUUUCCACAGUGGAGCACUACAUUGGGCUGGUUCAUCUUUGUCAUUUGUAUUAUUCCGAUUCCACUCGUCUUUCUGAUUAGUUAUAUUCAGGAAUAUCGGAGGAUGGCCAAAGAAAAGACGGACUAUGGUCCCUCGAAGCCUCUGUUCUUAGCAGCAUUGGAAUCAAAUAAUUUACCUGCAGAAUCUUGGGGACCUCGUAGAAGAAUACAUCAGACUGAUGCUUAUGCUCAUUUAGCUACUAGGACGACCCAAAAGAAUUUCAUCUCUCAACAACAGCUUCCUGAAUAUACACCAAGAGUGGAGGAAACAACCUCUAUCGACACUGGUAUCCCAAAUCCAACUUUCAAUCCGGAUUCAACACUGAAUGAUGAUGACAACGAACUUUCAAAUCAACAAUUUUGA